AUGAGCCAUUCCGUCCCUGACCUCGAUGAAAUCGGCAUCAAAGCCGAACCCGAUCUAGCAGACACCUUUCGCCGUGAAGUCUCGCAACUGCUCGGCCGCAGCAACCUCAACUUCCCCGGCGCGCAGCCCGUCAGUUUCUCAUCAAAACACCUGGACGAGCUCCAGAAACAAGAUUAUUAUGUCUGCGAAAAAACAGACGGCAUUCGGUGCUUAAUGUAUUUCGCGCGCGGAGAUCCCGACUCCGACCAGCCCGAAAUUCACUACCUGAUUGAUCGCAAGAACGACUACCGCUUCGUGCAAGGCUUGCAUUUUCCCAUGCCGAAUGACGAAAGUUUCCGGUCUUUCCACGUUGAUACUCUGGUCGACGGUGAACUGGUCAACGAUACCUACGAGGAUGGAACACAGCAGCUCAAGUUCCUGGUCUUUGACUGUCUUGUGCUGGAUGGACAGAGCCUGAUGCACCGAACCUUGGACAAGCGUCUUGCUUACUUCAAAGAGCACGUGCUCAAGCCUUAUAACAAGAUGUACGACAAGUUUCCCGAGGAAAAAGAACACCGCCCUUUCGUCGUCGAGGAUAAAGAAACCCAAUUCAGCUACGGAAUCGAGAUGAUGUUUCGCGAAAUUCUACCCAAGGUGAAGCGCAUCCAUGGCAAUGAUGGCCUUAUCUUCACCUGCCGCAGCACCCCCUACAAAAUCGGCACAGAUGAGCAUAUCCUUAAAUGGAAGCCUCCAGCCGAGAACACAAUUGAUUUCCGCAUGCGCCUCGAGUUCCCCACCCUUGAACCUGAUACCGAUGACGAGGCGGAAGGGAUAACUGAGCCCUAUCUUGACUACGACGCCAUUCCCAUCUGCCAUCUCUUCGUCAUGCUGAACGCAGGCGAGUAUCGCUAUUUCGACGAGAUGUACAUUACGCCAACCGAGUGGGAAGAUCUGAAAGCCAUGCGUAUCCCGCUAGACGACACUAUUGUUGAGUGCUUCAAGGACGCGCAAUCCCGCUGGCGAUUCCAUCGCCUGCGCGACGAUAAAAUGGAUGCCAAUCACAUCUCGACGGUGGAGAAGGUGCUUGAGAGUAUUGAGGAUCGCAUCACUGAAGAAGACCUCAUCCGCAUCGCUCCAAGUGUCAAGACUGCCUGGAAAAGGCGCCAGGCUGGUGCAUCUUCAGCCCGCAUGCCACCGACGAACGGUAAUGGCGUGAAGCGCAAGUUCGAGGAGUGA